AUGAUUGCAAUCCUGGACGAGAUGGAAAAGAUCUUCAUGAUCGAGCUUGCUGAUAAGAUGACCAGUCUUAACGCUUCUCUCCAGACGGAUUUGGUUAACAGCAGCAUGCUUCAGAAUGAACUGAAACGACUCAGCGAGGCAAUACACGAUACUGUUCAAAGUGCUGAUAAGGGCAAAGCCGAACUGGCAUAUAUUGCAAGCAAAAAAGGUGCGGUACUGAUACAGAAGUCUGAGACAUAUCUAAAGGAGAAAUAUGUUGAAGUUAAGCGUAUAUUACCAUUCCAGGCUAACACUGAUGUUCAACAGUACUUAUCUAAGUUGUCAGGACUGGCGAGGAUUCGUAAAAGUGCCGCCACCACCAAGCCAAAAGUCCUGCCCGACGUUGUGCUCCACAAAGCCGAGAACGCGUGGAAACCUGGCCACCUUAAGCCUAGGAAAGACGCUGAUGUUGAUGAAGCAACAGAAUUGUACAAGAAGACACGCAGUAUUCUCAAUAAGCUCACACCCCAGACGUUCCAGGUCCUGAUUUCCAAGAUGAAACAGAAUGCUCUCAAGAUAGACACAGAGUCUAAACUCCAAGGCGUUAUUGACAUAGUGUUUGAAAAGGCCAUUAGUGAAUCAAAUUACAGUUCAGAUUCAAAUCCGAAUGAAAAGGUGAACUUUCGAGCCGUGUUGUUAUCGCGGUGUCAGCGAGAAUUUGAAAACGAUAAAUCAUCUGAGGCUGGAUGUGUCAACAACCUGGUCCACGUUGCAAAGUGUGAUAAUUCCACUAAAAAGGUUGAACUCAAACAGACACUUGAGCCUAAUGAGUCAAAAGCCAAAAAUAAAUCACUGGGAAAUGUAAGGUUCGUGGGUGAGCUGUUCAAGGUGAAGAUGCUUACAGAAAACAUAAUGCACGACUGCUUGGUACAACUGUUUCGUAGCAAGAACCUAGAGUGCUUCUGUAUGCUGCUCUCCACCAUAGGCAAGGAGUUAGACAGUGACAGAAGCCGGCCGCGGAUGAAUCAGUACUUCGAACUGAUGGCUAAGAUUGUCAAUGACAAGAAGAAACCCGCAAAAGUACGAUUUAUGUUACAGGAUGUUAUUGAUCUCCGAAAAAAGAACUGGAUAAAACGGCGCAUUGCCAACAACUCGCCAUCACAACAAAGAGACAGGUUCGUGUGCGGUAUCAAAGACGAAGCAAUCCAAAAGAAGCUGUUGUCAAUAGAAGAAUUGACACUCAACAGAGCAAUUGACAUCUCCAUAGCGAUGGAAACCGCAACAAGGGACGCCGCUGAGUUGCAAACAUCAAACGCCGGAAGCAACGUCAACCGCGUAAAGAAGACUGCAACCAGACCGCCGAAGAACAAGAAAUACACGCACAAAUCACGUUCCAGGUCGACGUGA